AUGGAAAAGUAAUUGGAUUGGUAUUGAACAUAUCAUCCACCACCACCACCACUAACAUUAACAUUUAACACCACCAUUUGUGUCUUUAGUUUCUUCCUUCCAAAUGUUUGGUCUGCUAGCGCUUUAAGGAGCCAAAUCCGGAAUCAAGGACAUUGUGUUGAAUUCUUUGUUCAAACCUAACCAAACAUUAAAAAAAAUAGAAAGAAAAACAAACAAAAUUACAUGGAAGAAGAGAACAAAACAAAACAUUGGUACUGAUUAACCUUUUUCUCCUUUCCCCAUCAAUCCAAUAGUUUCAUUCAUACACUUCUUUUUUUCUUUUUCCUAUUCUUCCAAAAUCUGAAAUACCCAUUUCAGAAAACUAAGAAACAUACCAAAACAAAGUGAAAAAACACACAAAACAACAAAACAUAGAUUUUUUUUCUUCUUUUCCUUUUCGUUUGCGGUUCUUUCUUUCUUUCUCGUUCUUCUACUGGUCUCUUCUCCUUCUUUUCCACGCUUCUGGGUGUGUUUCUGAAAUGGGUUUUCGUUAUUUUGUGGUUAUGGUGAAGAUUCUGCACUGUUUGGAUCCUUGAGAAAGUGAGAGAGAAUAAGUAGGAAAACAACAAAUAGUGGUGUUAUUUGAUCUGGGUUUUCAUGGAGGAAGGUGAAUAAUGAAGAGAAAGGAAUGAAUGUUGAAAAAUAGAAUGAGCAAAGAGCAGUUUGGCAUUGUGAAGGCCUGGGAAACAAAAGUCCGUAAGUCACAGCAAGCGGUCGUAGCAAAGAAGAGGGCAAACAGUUUGUUCACAACAAUGUCUGUAGCUCCAGCUGAUGAUGAUCCAGGUGAAGUUUUCCAUGCUGAGAAGGUUAUCUCCAAUGGUGACUUCUAUACAGGUCAGUGGGUUGAUAACCUCCCUCAUGGUCAUGGUAAGUACUUGUGGACAGAUGGGUGUAUGUAUGUUGGUGAAUGGCAUAAGGGAAAAACUACUGGCAAAGGGAAGUUCAGCUGGCCUUCUGGUGCCACCUAUGAAGGUGAAUUCAAGAAUGGUUUCAUGGAUGGUAAAGGGACUUAUACAGGUUCCUUAGGCGACACUUAUAGAGGUUAUUGGGUUAGAAAUUUCAAGCAAGGUCAAGGGAUUAAGAGUUAUUCCAAUGGGGAUUACUAUGAGGGCGAUUGGAAUAGAGGGUUACAAGAUGGUCAUGGGAGAUAUCAAUGGAAGAAUGGGACUCACUAUGUUGGACAAUGGAGGAAUGGUUUGAUUGAUGGCAGUGGUACAAUGGUUUGGAGCAAUGGGGAUAGGUAUGAUGGGUCUUGGGAGGAGAAUUUGCCUAAAGGGAAUGGAACAUUCAAGUGGGCGGAUGGGAGUUUCUAUGUGGGCAUUUGGAGUAAGGACCCAAAAGAACAGAAUGGGACAUAUUAUUACCAAUCUGGGUCUUCAGGGGAAUCAGAUUUUGAUCCCCGGGAGGUGUAUAUGGAGUAUUUAAAUGAUUUUAAGAUAAGUUCUUGUGAAAAAAUCCCAGUUUUCCCUUCACAGAAAGUAAUUCCUUGGUCUGCAAAUGAAAGUGAUUUUUUGCAAAAACAGCCGAUUUAUAGGAGAGCAAAUGAUUCAAGUGUGAAGCCUAGGAGGACCUCAGUUGAUGGGAGAGUGAGUAACUAUUGUAGAGAAUCCCCCACUGAUAGCUCUGAUGGAGUUGAAGGGUAUGGAAAUGCUGAGCUGCAGAAUUGCAGAGGGAACAAGCUAAAGCCAUUCAGCUUACAGCCCGUGAAGAAACAAGGGAUGACUAUAGCUAAAGGGCACAAGAAUUAUGAACUCAUGCUCAAUCUUCAGUUGGGGAUCAGGCAUUCAGUUGGAAGGCCUGCUCCAACAACGUCCCUUGAUCUGCGGUCUUCCGCAUUUGAUCCUAAGGAAAAAGUGUGGACCAAAUUUCCUCCAGAAGGAUCCAAAUACACUCCACCACACCAAUCAUGUGACUUCAGAUGGAAAGAUUACUGUCCUGUGGUUUUCAGGUCUCUCAGGAAACUGUUUAAGGUGGAUCCAGCUGAUUACAUGCUUUCUAUAUGUGGAAAUGAUGCCCUCCGAGAGCUCUCUUCUCCUGGAAAAAGUGGCAGCUUCUUUUACUUAACUAACGAUGAUCGCUACAUGAUAAAGACUAUGAAGAAAGCAGAAGUAAAAGUUCUCCUUCGGAUGCUUCCCGCUUACUAUAAACAUGUCCGCGCUUUUGAGAAUACUCUUGUCACCAAAUUUUAUGGUCUUCAUUGUGUAAAAUUAACUGGAGCUACCCAGAAGAAGGUGCGAUUUGUUAUAAUGGGGAAUCUCUUUUGCUCUGAGUAUCACAUUCAUAGGCGUUUUGAUUUAAAAGGUUCUUCUCAUGGACGCUUGACCGAUAAACCAGAGGCAGAAAUUGAUGCAACAACAACUCUCAAAGAUCUUGAUCUCAAUUAUAUAUUCCGGUUGCACAAUGUUUGGUUUCAAGACUUCUGUCGGCAAGUGGAUAGAGAUUGUGAUUUUCUUGAGCAAGAAAGGAUUAUGGAUUACAGCUUAUUGGUUGGACUUCACUUUCAAGAAUCUUCAUAUCAGGAGCCGCUCACGCCUGAAGAGCAUGCUUCUGGAAUCUCCACUCCUGGUUAUUUCUUGUCAUCUAGGUUUGGAGACCUUGACAAUUCAGCUCAACCUUGCCUGUCCAGAACCAAUAUUGAUCAGCUUAUUGCAGACCCUACUCGGUUGGCUUCGGUUAGGUUAGGUAUUAGCAUGCCAGCACGAGCUGAAAGGACAGCAAGAAGAACUGAUUACGAGACUCAACUGGUUGGAGAGCCAACGGGAGAAUUAUACGACAUCAUCCUGUUUUUCGGUAUAAUAGACAUACUACAGGACUAUGAUAUUAGCAAGAAGCUUGAGCAUGCGUACAAAUCAUUCCAAUAUGAUCCAACUUCAAUCUCUGCCGUUGAUCCAAAACAAUAUGCCAAACGCUUUCGUGAUUUCAUCUUCAGAAUUUUUGUAGAAGACACAUGAAGGUACCGUAUCUUGACCCCAAUACUAUUAACCUUGGCAGCAGCAGCUGCUGCUGGCCAUCCAUGUAUAGUCAUUCAGCAGAAGCUCAUCAUUUUGGUCCUUAACACAGCCGCUGCAAAUCGAAAUAUAAUUGCCAGGAGUACACUGCUUCAACAGUUUCGGAUUGCAUCUUUCUUUUCCUUAAUUUUUUUUAUCAUAAUCAUUGUUUUUAAUUUAUAGUCACAGCUAUAUAAAUAUAUAUAUAUAUAUAUGUAUAUGACAUGUUCUAGUGAAAGUGUAGAUCAAAGUCAUAGCCAGAGCCCACUCAAAAGCAUGUUUUGUCAAAAAAUUGUAAAUGAGUUUUUUUUUACCAGAAGGAAUGAACCUCUCUCGGAUGUGAUUCAUUUUGUAUUCAAUUUCAGAUAUUUAUUUGUUUAUUUUUUUCUUUUCUUUUUUGUAUUUUGGUCCCCAGAAGGUUGUUGUUUCUGGGCUUUCAAAGUGAAUAAGAAGAAAAUGAAAUGUACAGUCCACAACAGAUGGAAUUGACAAACUUUUGAGCUAAAUUGAAUUGAGUGUAGAGGCUAAGUGGCCUUAAAAGAAACAAUUUCUUGUGUUU